GAGACACCUUUCCCUCGACCCCAAUGCUUGGCCCUCUCACAAUCAACACCUCUUCUUCCACCUCCAUCAGGCCAAACUAUUCUUCAAGUUCAAGCCCAAAAGGUGCUGAAGCAGAGUCCAACAUCAAGAGCAAGAGAAAGAGAAGCUUUGGAUCAAAACCUAGCAGGAGAAAAAUGUGGUUCAUGUAUGUGUUUGAUGAGGAAAAGAAGGAACUGGGUAGGCAACAAGCACCAGGAUCAUGCCCUUAUUGCCAAGGCAAGGUUGAGGCCAUGGAUGUUGAGAUCCAGUGGAGACUUUGCUUCUUGCCCAUGUGCUUCAAGAUCAAGAGGAAGUUUUUUUGUACUUCAUGUGCUAGACGUUUAGAAUUGUAUUAUUAAACAACAACUACUUCUAAUUAUUAUUAUUAUUAUUAUACAUAUUAAUGAUACUAUUAUUGUUCUCUUCAUUUUAAUUAUAUUCUACAUAUAACCCCCCUCUGGCUAGAUUUUGGACAUUGAGACAGAAAUAUACCACUAAAUCAUGCUUUCUUGUUCCCUCUCUCUCUCUCUCUCUAAAUCUUUAAUUCUCCAUCAACAUCUUUGUAUCACAAGCUUUUGUUCCCUUGUUGAAUUUUGAGUUUUGACCAAGGUUUUCAUGUAAAUGGAUUUGAUUUAUGUUUAAA